GCUCUGUGACAUCUGUGCAUUCCCAGCCAUGUGAAGACCAGGCUGUACUGCCCAGCCUCUCUCACCCUGUUCCCACUCACAUCGCCCCGCCAAGGCCCUCGCCCAAGGGGCUGCGCAGACAGCUGGCUGUGAAGGUGGACUCAGUAGAGAGACAGGACCCCCUCUCAACCCUUCCCUCUCUCCCCUUGUCCCUCCGCCUGCCUUCCCCCCGCCCCCUCUCUCCCCCCUUCCUCUCGGACCCCGCCGACGAGGAGGUGUGGCACAUCACCAGCUCAGCGUGCCAUUGGUGGGACAGACAUGGAAGUGGGCGGUGUCACUCCCUCUCCCCCUACGCCUCCCCUGACUCCCCCCCCUCCCUGAGGAGCCGAGGGAGUGCGCUCAGUCUGCUGGGGGCGGGGCUAAAAGGUCACGACCCGAGGAAGGGCUUCAGCGUAGACACCCAGGGCUUCCUGGAUAAACCGCGUUGUCCUGACGACCAGCGACGACACUCCAUCGAGAUCUGCCCGUCCCCUCCGGAGGAUCCGCCGCUAGGCGAGGGGUGGGAGGCGGACGGGGAAGAGAGGGGGGUGAGGAGGCCCAGGGGUCAGGGGUCAGAGGUUAGAGGUCACAGGAAGAAGAGGAUGAGCCCACCCUGCAUCUCAAUCCACCCCCCAUGUGACCCAGCAGGCCGUGGCCCCUCGGAGCCGCAGGCUGACUGCAACCCGCUGCUGAGACGCAGAACCCCCUCCUACGACGUCGCCGACGCACACGCUCCCACAAACAGGCUAACGCCGACACACACACCGACACGCACACUCACACCUACACACACGCCGACACAUCGCCACACACCGACUGACACACACACACUCAUACAGACUCUCCCUCACGCAGUAACACACACACCGACACGCACACUCACACCUACACACACGCCGACACAUCGCCACACACCGACUGACACACACACACUCAUACAGACUCUCCCUCACGCAGUAACACACACCCCGACACACACACUCACACACCGCCUGGCCCACGCACACACUCUUAUCCGUACACAUACUCUACCUCAUUCCCACACACACACCCCGUCCCCCACACACACCCUGUCUCACACACACACCCCGUCCCCCACACACACCCAGCCCCUGAACUCUGACACUAGCCCUUCCUCUCUCUACAGUGACUACAAACCACUCCCACAGUUCACCUUCGACCAACCGGAGCACAGAUACACGAGUGGCAUGUCCGCUGGCCUAUCGAGCAAUGAUCCAGCCACAAGUCCCUCGCUCUUUAACAGCAGGGCGGGGUUUAGCUCGAUGAACAGGAGAACUGCCCAAUGAGAGCAGAGCCUGGUACUGUAUUAGGAGAGGGAUUCGUCAGAAAGCCUAAACCCGAUCCAGACGGUGUGGCCUGAUCUGGACAGUGACGGGUUGGAUGGAGAGAGAGAGAGAGAUGGGGGAGAGAGAGAGAUGGGGAGAGAGAGAUGGGGGGUGAGAGAGAGAGAG